AUGUCGAAUGAUUCAAAUGGCGUGGUCGGACCGCUAGUGAAGCCAUUUCCACUUCAGAAAUCCUUUCCGACACCAUUCCGAAGAGCAUGUUACCAGGCUUAUCUUUGCCGUCAACUGCUAACCGUGUCUCCUCCUCUUCUCAAGUCCUGCGAUAGCCUUCUUCCAAGCCCUAGCGUACCAAACCUUGAAGACACCGUAACCAGAUAUUUGACAUCGAUGAAGAGGAUUCUUAGGAAGGACCAGUUUGAUUCAUUGAAAGAGCAAGCAGAAUCAUUCCUAAAGAACGAGGGCCCUCGCCUUCAGCUCUACGCAUGGUUCAUGUCGUUCACAACGUCCAACUAUAUCACGGCAUUUUGGGAAAAGUACGCAUACCUCUAUAGCAGACAGCCACUCUUGAUCAACAGCAGUGUAGCCCACAUGGAUUUUCUAGAAGUCCCCGAGAAUCGAAGGUCUACUUGGGCUUACAUGGCCGCUCGAGUUACAUAUUUUGAAGGAAUGUCUCAGCUUGCCGUUGACAGGCAGUCGCUUAAACCGCUGGGAUCGGGCCUACUGUGCUCACGCCACUACGACAAGUUAUACAGCGUAUGCCGAGUUCCUGGUGAAGAAAUGGACGAAUUAGUCAAUUACGGUAUCGCGAAACACGUUGUUGCUAUUUACAACGGAAUGUUCUACAAAGUUAUGCUAUGUGAUGAGAGAAAUCGAAUGUAUAGUAUUGAGGAAUUAACAAAAAUUUAUGCAGAGAUUUUUUCUCGGAAUGAAAAGGUCACGGGAGCCGCUAGCCGAGUGGCCGCACUUACCGCUGCACGUAGAGACGAGUGGGCUCGGAAUAGAGAGAAGUUUUUCUUGAAAAAUCCGACGAAUGCGGCAACAUUGCGCGAGAUCGAGUCGGCCGCCUUUAUGCUAACACUCGAUGAUGCCGAAUACUUCACCGAUCCAAAGGAUCCAGAUACUAUGUCACAUUUUCUGAAAAAUAUGCUAACUGGUAAUGGUGCGAAUCGCUGGGCAGACAAAUCGCUGAAUUAUGUGGUCGGAAGAAACUCACGAUGCGGUGGAACAUCGGAGCACUCGAUCGCAGAUGGAGCAGAGUUCGACCACAUUAUGGAGAACUUCACUGCGUUCGAGAUACUUACACCGUCAGUGUUAAAUUUUUUCUUGGCAGCUCUAGGAAGGUGCUCAUUUAUCCUAUCCAAUUCUAGAUAUCCCCCUCUGGAGGAGCAACGAAAAAUCGAAAAAAUAACUGAAAAUGACCGAGACGUUAAACUUGCAGUUCGAUUGCCUGUUGAAGUCAAUUCGGAGAUGGCUUCUGCUAUAGAAAGCAGCUAUUCCGAGUAUUCGAAGUCGCGUGACGACCUGGACGUCGCCGCCACAUCAUUCAGAGAUUUCGGAAAAGGUCUCAUCAAGAAAUGUGGACUUUCCCCGGAUGCAUUUGUACAGAUGGCAAUUCAGUUGGCAAACUAUAGGGAUCAGGAUCGUUUUGUUCUCACCUACGAGGCAGCAUCCGCUCGUUUCUACAAGAACUCUCGGACUGAAACCUUACGCUCGGUUACCGAUGAGUCUUGUGAAUUUGUCUACGCCAUGCUAAAUGAACGCGCAACGAAGGAAGAGAAGAUUGCCAAACUACGAAAGGCGUGCGCUGUUCAUACGAAUAAUAACAAAGAGGCCAUGGUAGGCCGUGGAGUUGAUCGACAUUUGUUCGUGUUGUAUGUUCUUUCUCAGGGAACGCAUAUUUCUAGUCCUUUCCUAGAUCACUAUAUCUCGCAACCAUGGCUUCUAUCCACUUCACAUGUACCCAAUGUGACCAACCAGAUAGAUGAAGACAGUGAGCCUUGGAGGACAUGGAACGGCGCUUGUUUCGGAGCUGUGGCGAAAGAAGGCUAUGGUAUAUGCUAUCGAUUUGGAGGAAACCACAGUAUUUUUGCUCACAUCACCAGCUAUAAAUCAGCUGAAAAUACGGACUCGGCUCGAUUUCGGAGACGUCUCACGACAGCGUUCAAGGAAAUAGCUGCUCUUUUUGAAGGAACAAAGGAAAAGAUCGAACCGGUGCUUCUCGGAAUCAAUUAUAAAGAGCAUGGAGGUGCAUUG